AUGGAAAACCAAACUUCUGUGACUGAAUUUAUUCUUCUAGUUUUCCCUAGCAUUCAAAAGGUUCAUGCUUUGCUCUUUGUGGGUGUCUUGGUCAUGUACAUUUUGACUGUCACUGGGAAUAUCAUCAUCAUUGCCAUAGUGCUAACUGACUGCACUCUCCAUAAGCCCAUGUAUUUCUUCCUUGGAAACCUCUCGUCCUUAGGAAUCCUCUAUGUCUCUGCUACAAUCCCCAAACUCUUGACCAGUCUCUUGGAUGCCAAGAAGUCUAUCAGCAUAGCUGGCUGCAAAGCUCAAGCUUUCUCCCAUUUUUUCCUAGGAGCCACUGAGUUUUUCCUCCUCACAGCCAUGUCCUUUGACUGCUACACUCUUCAUUAUAUUUGCAGCCUUCUCCAUUAUACCACCAUCCUGAGUGGAAGACUGUCUUUUGCCUCUUGGGCUAGUGGUUUCCUGACCAUCUUUGUGCAAAGCUUUCUGGUGUUCCAGUUGCCGUUCUGUGGCCCCAAUGUCAUCAAUCACUUCUACUGUGAUGUUGAGCCACUGCUGCAGUUGGCUUGCACUGAAACUUGCUGUGUUGAAAGGCUCAUCUUCAUAGUUGCUGCUGUAGUUCUGUUCAGCACUUCCAUUUUGACCAUUGUCUCCUACUCCUUCAUCAUUUUCGCUGUACUAAGGAUCCCAUCUGCUUCAGUGAAACAGAAGGCUUUCUCCACCUGCACUGCCCAUCUGUCAGUACUUCUCUUGCUUUAUGGAGCAGUCAUAUUCAUUCAUGCCAGGCCAAGCGGGUAUGCCUCAAGAAGUAAGAACAAUGCAGUGUCCCUUCCGAACACCCUUGUAACAGCAUUGCUCAGCCCUUUCAUUUAUACCUUGCGGAUCAGGGAGGUAAAGACUGCCCUAAAAAAGGCAGUCAUCGGAAAUAAAAUACUGGAGGUAAAACAGUGA